AUGAUUGGGUCUAUCAGCUCCAUUGAAUUACGGAACCGGGAGCGAUACCCGGAUGAGGACGAUUUGGCUAAAAAGCCUGAUGCAUUUCGUUUGAUAACACUAAUUCGAGGUCGUUGGAACGACAAGAUCCUCUGCACACUUAAUGUUUAUUAUCGAAAUCAAGGCAAAUACCCUUCAUACAAAGCCCUAUCUUACGUUUGGGGGCGUGGGCGACGCGACCCACCCAAAAUUCUAGUAAAUGGCUUUGCAGUUAAAGUGACGAAUAAUCUGGAGAUGGCCUUGAGACAUUUACGAGAAGAAGAUGAUGACAUUGUUCUGUGGGUUGACGCAUUGUGCAUUAACCAAAACAGCACUGCGGAGAGAUCAUCGCAGGUAUCUCAGAUGCGCAGCAUCUAUAGUAUGGCCAGUCAAGUCAUUAUAUUUCUCGGCGAUGGGUCAGAUUAUAGCACUGCCAAGCCGCGCUCUGGAAAACCUCCGCGCCCUCGUCAGAAAUUCGGACUCAAAGACGCAAACGUUUCGUUCGCACGCCAAAUCAUCGACAUUUGGAAGACAUCAGCCCUAAAGGAGCCAGUUCAAGCCUCGGAAAUGUUUGCUUUCUUGACUAUAAUUGUUGAAUUCUCAGACUCUACGACCCUAUUCAAACUCCUAGCAGAUAUUCCAAAGGCCCAUUUAGCUGCGCUUUUUGAAGCAAUGAGGUGUACACUGCUUCUUCCUUGGUGGGAUCGAAUAUGGGUUGUUCAAGAGGCAGUUGUCGCCAAAAAUCUCACUGUUAGAUACAGUAAUGUUGAAGUAUCCUGGGAAUUCUUGGUCGAAGUUGCAAAAGCCCCUUCUCGCUGGGGCACCUCAUCCGUGAGAGAUCCUAGCCCUAUCCCGGCCGAUGACUUGAAAGUCUUCAAGCUUUUCUCUCGUGUUUCUGAUUUGAAUCGAUUUCGCAACGAUUGGAAAUAUUUACAUGAAGUAGAUCUCCUAUCGCUUCUCCGAUAUUUUGGCCACCGAAAGGCUUCUGAUAAUCGAGAUAGAGUCUAUGCACUCUUGGGUCUGUGCAACAACGGAACUACUAUUCGACCCGACUACCAAUUGAAUGACACAGAAGUGUAUAUUGCGCCGGUUCUAGAAAAUAUAAAAUUAACCAAGUCUCUCUCUAUUCUAUGCGGAGAUCAAAGUCGCAAAGGAAGCCAAAAUUUGCCAUCUUGGGUUCCAGACUGGAGCUCGGUACAAGAUGAAAAUGAUCGCCAGCGAGCUACUCUUUACAGUCUUUAUAAUGCUUGU